CAUAUAUUCGUCGGGUUUCGUUGAUUGCGGCACCAUAAGGUCGGGCCAAAAGUGCUGACAUCGGUAGUGCUCUGCGCUUGCUGGAGCUCCGGAGCUUCUAUUUACAGUAUUCACUUGCUGGCCAACACCAUGCGCUGGCAGUUGACGAUCUUGUGGCUUUUCGUCUCGGCCUCAGCCGCACCUCUGACGAAGUGGCGCCGUCAGAUAGUGACGCCCAAGCACCUGAUGGGUCCACCAGCGGCUACCGCCUCACAGGCCAAGGUGGUGGUCACCCCGCAGAAGCUGAGGGAAGUGGCCCACCUGAGGGCCAUGAUCCAAAAGGCCGUCGAUGAGGACACAUAUGUGGUGGCCGCUCCGCCACCGCAGGAUUUUCUAACCAGCCUUGGUGGCAGUUGGCCAGCACCUCUAUCGCUGCCACAGCCCUGGACUCCGCCAGUGCUCAACUUUACCCUCUUUUGGCCCAGACUCGGCUGACAGCAUACCACAAACUGUUCUCAACUGUCC